AUGGACACUAGUACCUGGAGUCCCGCAGUCACUACCUCGGCUGCGCCCCUCGCGCCGCACGAGCGUAUCCGCAAUGCCGCCGACAUCUCCGUAAUCGUCAUCUACUUCGUGGUGGUGAUGGCUGUCGGGCUCUGGGCUAUGUUUUCCACUAAUCGUGGGACUGUUGGAGGCUUCUUUCUGGCGGGCCGAAGUAUGGUGUGGUGGCCGAUCGGAGCCUCUCUCUUCGCUAGUAACAUCGGAAGUGGUCACUUUGUGGGACUGGCAGGGACAGGAGCGGCUGCAGGCAUUGCCAUUGGAGGCUUUGAAUGGAAUGCAUUGAUUUUGGUAGUUGUGCUGGGCUGGGUGUUUGUCCCCAUUUACAUUAAGGCUGGGGUGGUGACGAUGCCAGAGUACCUGAGGAAGCGGUUUGGAGGCAAGCGAAUCCAGGUCUACCUCUCUAUCCUGUCCCUGCUGCUCUACAUUUUCACUAAGAUCUCGGCAGACAUCUUCUCUGGGGCCAUUUUCAUCAACCUGGCCUUGGGCUUGGAUCUAUACCUGGCCAUUUUUCUUUUAUUGGCAAUCACUGGCCUUUACACUAUCACAGGGGGCCUGGCGGCUGUGAUUUACACGGACACCUUGCAGACAGCGAUCAUGCUGGUGGGGUCUUUCAUCCUGACUGGCUUUGCUUUUCAUGAAGUAGGAGGGUACCAAGCCUUCAUGGAAAAGUAUAUGAAUGCCAUUCCAACCAUGGUUUCUGAUGGAAACAUCACUGUCAAGGAAGAAUGCUAUACUCCGAGACCCGAUUCCUUCCACAUCUUCCGGGACCCUCUCAAGGGAGACCUCCCAUGGCCUGGACUCAUCUUUGGGUUGGCCAUCCUUGCCAUGUGGUACUGGUGCACAGAUCAGGUUAUUGUACAGCGCUGCCUCUCAGCCAAGAACAUGUCUCAUGUGAAGGCUGGCUGCACCCUGUGUGGGUACCUGAAACUGCUGCCCAUGUUCCUCAUGGUGAUGCCAGGCAUGAUCAGCCGCAUCCUGUACACAGAAAAAGUUGCCUGUGUCCUUCCCUCGGAAUGUGAGAAAUACUGCGGCACCAAGGUGGGCUGUACCAACAUUGCAUACCCAACCUUAGUGGUGGAGCUCAUGCCCAAUGGACUGCGAGGCCUCAUGCUGUCAGUCAUGUUGGCCUCUCUUAUGAGCUCCCUGACCUCCAUCUUCAACAGCGCCAGCACCCUCUUCACCAUGGACAUCUAUACCAAGGUUCGCAAAGGUGCAUCUGAGAAGGAGCUCAUGAUUGCAGGAAGGUUGUUCAUCCUGGUCCUGAUUGGCAUCAGCAUCGCUUGGGUGCCCAUUGUGCAGUCGGCACAAAGUGGGCAGCUCUUUGAUUACAUCCAGUCCAUCACCAGUUACUUGGGACCACCCAUUGCAGCUGUUUUCCUGCUUGCUAUUUUCUGCAAGAGAGUCAAUGAAUCUGGUGCCUUCUGGGGAUUGAUCUUAGGAUUUUUUAUUGGGAUAUCCCGUAUGAUUGCUGAAUUUGCCUAUGGAACCGGGAGCUGCAUGGAGCCCAGCAACUGCCCCACAAUUAUCUGUGGUGUGCACUACUUAUACUUUGCCAUCAUCCUCUUUGCCAUUUCUAUCAUCACCAUCAUUGUCGUCUCCCUCUUUACUAAGCCCAUUCCAGAUGUGCAUCUCCACCGUCUGUGCUGGAGUCUUCGCAACAGCAAAGAGGAGCGAAUUGAUCUGGAUGCAGAAGAGGAGAACAUCCCAGAAAUCCCAGAGGAGACCCUUGAAAUCGUAAUAUUUUUAUGCCUUUCCUCUGAUACAGAAGUUUCUGAGAAGAAGAAAGGAUGCUGCCGGCGGAUCUAUGACCUGUUCUGUGGGCUGGACCAGCAGAAGGGCCCUAAGAUGACUAAGGAAGAGGAGGCAGCAAUGAAGCAGAAGUUGAUGGACACUUCUGAGAGGCCUUUGUGGCGGACAGUCACGAACAUCAAUGGCAUCAUUCUGCUGGCUGUUGCUGUCUUUUGCCAUGCAUUUUUUGCCUGA